AUGGCGUCUAUUUUAAAACACGACACCGUAAGCAAGGGAUGUUAUUACGUGAAACCUCGUAGACAAGAAGAAAAACAGCCUUUACAAAUAGACAACUUAUUUGUUCCUCUAAUAAGGAAUCAAGAACCUAUGGAAUGGGUGAAUUUACGAAGGGAGCUUUGUCGGAAUGUCAUGCAAGAAUUAAGUGAUGUUGUUCAACAAGCAACUUCCGAGAGCAAUGCCAAAGUGAUUCAACAACUAACGGAGCAUGCGCUGAAGAGUACGUCCGGUGGACAAAAACUCAAAGCAGCGAUUUUAUGUGACGGAAGCAGAAAUACGUUUCAUCUUCGAUUUUUCGAGCAGUUAAAAGAAAGGCUUUAUCAGUUGGGAUCAAAGCGGUUUGUUGUACUAGAUCUGAAGAACUGCAGUGACCUGAAAUCCUGUUUCCGACAAAUUAAAGGUGGCUCCUUCGGCCUUGGAAUUUUAUCUUAUAAUAUGGAAGAAUUGGGAGAAAGUAUUACUUUGGUUUUGCAAAAUGUGGAGGAUUGCGAUCGGCGAUUACUAAGUGCAUUAAUGGAAACGCUGAAUAUGAUUUCACAAAAGUCGAAGGAGUAUCACGUGUAUCUGAUAUUUAAUUUGAAGAUACCUCUAGAAUUAUUCGAUGCAUCGCUGGACUCUACGUUUUUUAGCCAUGUGCAGCCUGAGGUAUUUAACAUGAAAGCCACGACGGAGAUUCUGGAAAGUAUGUUUACUCUUAUCGAUGAAAACCUAAGUUUGAAGUUUGGAUGGAGAACUAGAAAGCUAUUUCGGUCGAUGUUUUACGAAAGAUCUUGGAGUGUUGAAAAAGUUGUUAGUUGCUUGCGCUAUGGUAUACUUACACAUUUCUACGGAAAUGCUCUUAGCCCUUUACCUUAUUUAAUUGAAAGUAACCAAAUGGAAGCGAUAUCGCCGUUUUACUUGUCUGUGCUACGGACAGUUCCGAGCUUUCAGCAUCGGAUCGAACAGAUGCUACGGGAUGUCGGGGCAAGUACGAAAGAGUACAUUUACGAUCUGUUAGAAAAUGAUGAUGUUUUUUUAAAGUAUAUAAAAAGCAAUUUUCAAGAACUGGAAAGACGAGAAAAGUUUUUGCGUGAGCAUGUGAAAUGCUGGCAAGAGUUAGAAGAGCAUAUGAACCGGUCAAUAAAGGUGACAUUUGGGGAGUAUAUGGAAAUGUUUCUGGAAGGAUUAUGGCUUGAAAGUGAAGAGUAUCAACGUAUUCGGAAAGACAUGUUGCGAUUGAAUUCUCGGCAAGCGUUUAUUUGCAUGGAACACCUGAUGAAGCAUGUGUUUUCUGGAUUGCGAGUGACGAAAGGACUUGAACUUGCAGAGGAGCUUGGAGAGCUUGUGAAUGGAUCGAAAGGCAAGUAUCUAGAAACGGUGGAGAUGCGAAUGAAGAAUUAUAGCGGAACGGAGCAUACGCGGAAAGUGAUGGAAACCGGAUUUGACAAAAGCAUUCUGCGGUACUCGAGAUGGUUAAAAGAAUUGGUACAAUUAUUGGAUGAAGAGAUUGAGCAUGGGAGAUUGGGAACGCAAGGGAUAGAUGGGUAUCCGUUUUACGAGGUUUUCUUUUUCGACUACCGGCGCCCGCUGGAACAGGGGUUUUUGUCUGGACACCAGCGAAGCAUUAUCCAUAGCUCGUGCAUGAACCCAGAAUAUUACAUUGGUAUGCAGAGGAAUGAAGCGAGUUUGAAAGAGAGUCCAAAUCGAUCGUGGUUGCCGGAUUUGUCUAUUCUGUACAAACUGUAUAGUGAGUCAGGAGCAUUUUUGAAUCUGUAUGAUUGGUACAUGGCGUUUUCGGAAAACUUGCAGGUAUCGUCUACAGAAGAGCAAUCGCAAUCGCAGUCGCAGUCGCAGCGGCCGUCGAAAAAGCGCAAGCUUCCAGAGGAGCCUAAAGGAGAAGACGAAGGUGAAAUGGAAAGCGAGACUGACUCUGAAAAAGAUAUCGACAUGGACGAGAAAGCAAGCACGGAAAAUGUUGAAUUGCAGUCUCGAUUUUUAUUUGGACUUGAAGAGCUACGGUUUUUAGGGUUGAUUAAACCGACGACGCGCAAGACCGACCAUGUGAUGAAGACGAUUUAUCAUCAUUAA